AUGCCGAAAAUCAGGACAACAAGAACAAAAGCACCACCAGAAGGCUAUGAAGAUAUAGAGGAGAUUCUAGAAGACUAUGCAAAGAAGAUGCGUGACGCCGAAAACGAGUCUCAUGAAGGCAAACGAAAGGCUGAAUCGCUAUGGCCUAUCAUGCGAAUCUCUCAUGCGCGCUCAAGAUACAUUUAUGAGCUCUACUAUAAACGAGAAGCUAUUUCAAGAGAGUUGUACGACUGGUUACUGAAGGAAGGAUAUGCAGAUGCAAACCUAGUGGCUAAAUGGAAGAAAACUGGAUAUGAGAAGCUCUGCUGCCUUCGGUGCAUUCAAACAAGGGAUAUGAAUUAUCAAGGAUCAACAUGUAUAUGUCGUGUUCCCAAAGCUCAAGUACGAUCAGGAACUGUCGUCGAAUGUGUUCACUGUGCUUCAAAUUUGUCCAGGCUCCAUUGCACCGAUGUCAAUGCACAGUCUGCGAAAUGGUCUUCUUCAUUGCGACUUUCUUCCCUUCUUGAGUCCUUCUACCUUGACAGUAGGUUGGCCAUGGGAGAAUUUACGAACGCCCUUUACUCUUUGGUCUCUAGAGAGGCAUCCGAACAGGGAGGUGUCAUUUCUGGAGAUAACCCCACGAAGUACAGCCCUAGCAAUCCUAUCCGACUAUGGAUUAUCCAGCUUGUAAUCAUCAUAUCCAUGACUCAAUUGCUUUCGCUCAUACUAUCGCGCAUUCGCCAACCUCGGGUCAUUGCAGAAGUUAUCGGCGGUGUCAUUCUCGGCCCAACAGUUAUGGGUCGCAUACCUCACUUUAAAGAAACCAUAUUCCCAGAGGAUAGUAUGCCCUUACUCGCUGUCACCAGUACCAUCGGCCUUAUCCUUUUUCUUUUCCUGGUCGCGCUGGAAAUCGACACACGUUUGCUGAAACGGAACAUACUGGCGUCCGCAUCAGUCUCCAUUGCCGGUCUUGUUAUCCCCCUGGGUCUGGGUGCGGCGUUGGGGGUCGGUGUGUAUAGAGAAUUUGUGGACUCGCCAGUCAAUUUCGGACAUUUUCUGUUGUUCAUCGCUGUCGCCAUUGGCAUCACAGCCUUUCCAGUUUUAUGUCGCAUUUUGACAGAACUCAAACUUCUUGACACUGAAGUUGGAUUGGUCACCCUUUCGGCUGGCAUAGGAAACGAUGUCAUAGGGUGGAUUUUGUUGGCACUCACUGUUGCAUUGGUCAAUGCUUCUUCUGGAUUGACUGCGCUAUGGGUAUUACUUGUCUGUGCAGGAUACACUAUAUUCCUUUUGUAUCCUGGACGAUGGGCAUUCCGUUGGAUGGCGCGACGUACAGGAAGUUUGGAACAAGGGUCGCCUACACCUUUCAUGAUGACAAUAACUUUGCUCGUCGUUUUCAUCUCAGCCUUCUUCACUGACAUCAUCGGUGUGCAUGCUAUCUUCGGAGGAUUCCUUGCUGGCUUGAUUAUCCCCCAUGAUAACGGUUUCGCGAUUUCAAUUGUUGAAAAAAUCGAAGACUUGGUCACGAUUUUAUUCCUGCCAAUUUAUUUCACGCUUUCAGGUCUCAGAACUAAUCUUGGUCUUCUGAAUAACGGUGUUGAUUGGGGAUAUAUCGUGAUCAUCUGUCUUGUUGCUUUCACCUCUAAGUUCGUCGCUUGCGGAGGUGCUGCUCGUCUUACGGGUUUCAAUUGGAGAGAAUCUGGUGCAAUUGGUUCGCUUAUGAGUUGCAAAGGCCUAGUCGAACUAAUCGUUCUCAACAUCGGGCUUCAAGCCAACAUCCUAAAUACCAAGACAUUUUCUAUGUUUGUGGUGCACGCGCUGGUGCUCACAUUCAUGACCACGCCACUUGUCCUUUUAUUUUAUCCUGCAAGACACAGGGUUCAUCACCGGGGAGAUAAGGUUAAUGAAAGCGACGAAAAGCCUACUAGCAUCUCUGGCCCUCCACCUGAUGAUCACAGAAAAACCAGAUUUGCAAUUGUCCUCGAUAAGUUUGAGGCGCUGUCGGCAGCUAUGACUCUCUCACAACUCUUUCAAGCUCCUGAAAGCUACUCUGUGGCACCACUCUCAUCGAAUCUCGUUGAUAACGUUAGAGCCAAUGCCGAUGAUAUACAAAAUGUUGAAGCUGCGUCUCAAUCAAACCCAUCCCCUUCGUCAAACUCAACCCCAAUUUCAAUCGAAGCUCUUCGUCUUAUGGAACUUACCAAUCGUACAUCUGCAGUGCUGCGUUCUCAAGAGGCCAGCUCCCUGAUCUACAACGAUCCGGUCGUGUCCGUGUACCGCACGUUUGGACAGCUACACAAUUUCAAUGUCAUGGCCAACCUCGCUGUUGUCAAUUUUGACGAAUUCCCUGAAACGAUUGCGAAGCACGUUGCGGACACGUCGGCGCAGCUGGUGCUCAUUCCUUGGGCAAGGGGUAUAACGUCUGUAUUGGAGGAUGUCGCAGGCGAGGCAGGACAACAGCAAGGAGUAGCAGUGGGCACGCGCAACCCGUUCGAUGGUAUUUUCCACAAAACGACCACGCAAGAUCAGACGAGCUCGUACGUCUACUCUGAAUAUAUUCGAAACGUCUUUGCCAAAUCGCCUUGCGAUAUUGGCCUCUUUGUCGAUCGUGGGGUAAUCGGUAGUGGCAGUGGUGUCGUAUCUAAUGGCACUGGCAAGCAGCACUUGUUCCUACCGUUCUUUGGUGGACCCGAUGAUCGUCUGGCAUUGGCUCUCGUGGUGCAAAUGUGCGAAUGUCCAGGAGUUACUGCGAAAGUUGUGAAACUCAACAAAACGGAGGCUGUACCCGAUAUGCACACACCAGGUGACGAAGGACAUCGUGAUGGUUCCACAGCCGCUCUCGUCCUUCCUCCGCUGCAACAUACCGUCGCUGCUGCAGACACUGUAUAUGGCGCUCACACUACACAAACCCUUCUUUCCUCCAACACAGCUGACAGCAUUCUCUGGGACCGCUUCACCCGCCCCGAGUCCUCCGAACCCCGUCUUACUUCUCUUUCACGCAUAACAUUCCAUGUCGAAUCUACGCCCACACCCCUUCGCCGCGUCACGGAACUUGCGAAGGAAGAAGCCGCAAAAACGUUCCAGCGGACCCUCAUUGUCGUUGCUGGGCGCUCGCGCAGGCUGGCUGUCGAGUCUUUGCGUGACGAGCUGCAAAGACUUGCAACAGGCGAUGGUGGAAACGCGAAUGGUGCGGCCACGGUGGCUAGCACGAGCAGUUCUGUGCCAAAGACGUUGGGUGACGUCGGCGCCGCACUGGUGGCUACCAACGUCAAUGCCAGUCUUCUAAUUCUCCAGGCUGCUCCUUCCACAGCGGCGUAA